ACCUAAGGGCUCAUUUUAAACCCAGAAGGUGGUCUGAAGAGGAAACACAUCUACAUGUGGACGAGUGGAAAGUCCUGUGACGACGGCACACAAUAAAUGAGCAUCGUACAGAUUUCCCCAGCGAGCGUUUUGUCCUCACAGCUCCAGCUUCUCCUGUGUGGAGUUCCACAUGUUCUCCACAUGUUCUCCACAUGUUCUCCAGGUUUUCUGGUUUUCUCCCAGAAGCUGGUAGCUGGAUUGGUUUUGCUAAAUUGACUCUAGAUGUGAAAGAUGAGUGUGUGAUUGUGUUUGUUUGCAUGUAAGGUGAAUUUCCCGGCUUCGUGCCCAAUAUUCCCAGGAUAAGAUCCUGACCAGGAUGAAGAUGAACAGAUGAAGGUUUUAUAAUAUCUAAUCUGAUGAUAAUGAAACUUCACAUCAACUCGUGUGUAUCGACACCCACCACCCCAUACACCCUACCACACACACAUCCCCCACCCCACACACACGCACCCCCAAACACCAUACACACACACCAGACACACAAACACAUCAUACACACACCCUGUCUGAUGAUGAACAGAGACCUUGAGGAAGGUCAGAAACCCACAACUUAUGGACGCGUCACUACGUGUAAAAUCACGUGUUGUGCACGUGCACACACACACACAGGUUAUAUACGGCUGCGUACUUCACAUUUCAACCGAACUUGACACGCGCCGCACGUCUGUGUCUGACCAAUCAGAAGCCGCGGAUCUCUACUUCCGCGUUUCUGAGCUAACCAAUCACAGCGCGGAACAGCAAAACAGCCGGGUUUCGGAGCAACGGUUCAGGUUGAAAAAAAAAACCCCCAAAACAAACAACAGCUGGAUUUGGGGUCAUUUUGGUGCUUUAGUGAUGAUGAUGAUGAUGAUGAUGAUGAAGGACAAUGUGCAUGUGAUGGGGAAAGGCUCUGAGUUUACAGCAUGAGUUUGUUUACGGAUUUUCUGCUUUCAAUGGAAGAAACGGAACAAAAACAUUAGAUAUUAUUUAUUAUUAUUAUUGUUGUUGUUGUUGUUGUUGUUGUUGUUGUUAUUAUUAUUGGGGCUAAUAAACAGUGCAGCUGCUGUUUAAACUCAGAGCACAAUGAGAUUGUCCGCGUUUCUGUUGAACGUUUCUACAAAGAUUGAGUUUUACUCCAGAUUCUCACCGUCUCCUCUCUCCAUCAAACAGUUCCUCGAGUUCGGAAGGGACAAUGCGUGUGAGAAAACCUCCUACAUGUUCCUGAGGAAGGAGCUGCCGGUGCGUCUGGCCAACACCAUGAGGGAGGUCAACCUGCUGCCAGACAAACUGCUGAGUCAGCCGUCCGUCAGACUGGUGCAGAAAUGGUACAUGCAGAGCUUCCUGGAGCUGCUGGAGUAUGAGAACCAGAGCCCUGACAGCCCACACGCCCUGAACGACUUUCUGGAGGUUCUUAUCGAGAUCAGGAACAGACACAAUGACGUGGUUCCCACCAUGGCCCAGGGCGUGAUCGAGUACAAGGAGAAGUUCGGGUUCGACCCAUUCGUCAGCUCCAACAUUCAGUAUUUCCUCGAUCGCUUCUACACCAACCGGAUCUCCUUCCGCAUGCUCAUCAACCAGCACACUCUCCUGUUUGGUAACGACACGAAUCCUGCGCAUCCCAAACACAUCGGCAGCAUCGACCCCGCGUGUAACGUAGCCGACGUGGUUAACGAUGCGUACGAGAUGGCUAAGAUGCUGUGUGAGCAGUACUACCCCACCGCCCCGGCACUGAAGAUCACAGAGUUUAAUGCUAAAGCGCCUGACAAACCCAUCCAGGCCGUUUAUGUGCCGUCUCAUCUGUUCCACAUGCUGUUUGAGCUCUUCAAGAACUCAAUGCGAGCCACAGUGGAACAUAAUGAAGACAAUAAAGAUGAUCUUCCACCUAUUAAGGCUAAAGUGACCUUGGGGAAGGAAGAUCUCUCUAUAAAGAUCAGUGACCGGGGUGGAGGUGUACCUCUGAGGAAGAUCGACAGGCUCUUUAACUACACCUACUCCACUGCCCCAACACCCAGUUUAAACUCCAAACGGGUUCCACUGGCUGGGUUCGGUCACGGUUUGCCCAUCUCCAGACUCUACGCUCGAUAUUUUCAGGGAGAUUUGCAGCUUUACUCGAUGGAAGGCGUCGGCACAGACGCGGUCAUUUACCUGAAGGCUCUCUCCAGCGAGUCCUUUGAGCGGCUGCCAGUUUUUAACAAAUCAGCCUGGCGACACUAUCAGGGAGGUCCAGGGGCAGACGACUGGAGCAACCCGAGCAAAGAGCCGCGAGACACCUCCAAGUACAAGGCGAAGAGAUAAAUCCUUCCCUUUCGAGUACAAGCUCUCUCUGUCUCUCACUGUUUGUCUGUGUGUGUGUGUGUGUGUGUGUGUGUGUGUGUGUGUGUGUGUGUGUGUGUGUAAAUCCCUCGGCACACACUCUGCACUUCCCCUCUGCUGUAUUCUCCAUCACGGCGCCCCCUGGUGGUGAGAGACAAGAGUUUUUGUGCCUCCUAUAGAACACGCCCUCCCUUACCGUCUGUCUGUCUGCGGCGCCACAUAAUAUCGUCACGUCUCCUCGGCUCACGUCACGAACAGAAACGUAAAGUAAAGUAAACGAGGGAAGCGUUUCACAAACAGCAUUUCAGCGUCUGACGGUAAAAAAUAUCAGUCAGCUCUCAUAAGCUUUCCACACAGCCUUGACGAAUCGGAGACGAUCACGAGAGACGGAAGAUUUUUAAGGUCCAAGGCACAAGAGCAGAUCCUUCAAGGAAUCUGCAGAAUCCAGUUCGACCGAAGUCACUAAAGCGUUAUUGCAGAAACAAUUAUUUAUCGGUGCGAUUUCAAGGGACGUGCAAAUAAAGCUGUGACCGCCAUUUAAAAAAGGUUCCAGGGUAUUAAAAAUAAAAAGAAAUUAGCUUCCUGUGAUUAAUUACUCAGUGAUUUUAGACAUCGUUACGAUUCCAGUUUCAGAGAUUUACACCACAAACAGCCUCCGAAGUAUAAGAAAUGAGUCCGAAACCUCUACCGACUCGCCGGUAUGAAGAACGCAGCACUGUGAAGCUCCAGAUUCAUAAGUUUAUUAAUAAUGAAUAAUAAAACACUUAGGUGUGUGAAAAGUGGCAGAAAAGAGAUCGGAAACCAUUUGGGUAUUUUUUUAAUCUUUAUUUUAAAGCCUCAGACUCAGCUUUGUUUUUGCAAUUUAUUUUAAUCAGGUUCGCCACUAGCAAUUUUGGGUCUUAUGAAAGAUAAUCAGACUGGACCCCCCUACCCCUACUGGACCCCCCUACCACACCCAUUUCACACCAAACAUACAAGCCUCUGGGGGCCCCAAAGGUGCAUGGGCCCUUAGAAUCAUCCUAACCCACCCCAACCCCCUAGCGGCACCCCUGAUUUUAAUCAACCUUCCGAUUUUCUUCCCGUUAGCAUUAUAAAUCAGCUGCUAGUUUCCUUUAUGCAAAUAUCCAGUAAUUACAUUCGGGGUUGUUUAUUGGGAGCAGCUUUUAAAACUCCUCCCUGUUUGUGACCCGAUUAAAGGGUUAACGGUGUUAUUCGAUACAAAUCCAUUCAUCAGAACACGACGUUAUUCCUCUGAUUAGCGGAAACCAGCACGUAUGUAGCAAAUCAUUCCUAAUAUAUUUAUGUGUAUUUAUACCGGUAAAUUCUCCAUUCCGAUCGGUCGCAAGGUGUCGAUCCGACGGGUCUGCAUUAACACGCUCGCCGUAAUACGUAACGUCGUUCCUAUAGCUUUAAAGACAACGAUUUUAUCAUUUCUUUAUUAAUGCUAACAGAAGGAGUCUCCGGUGUCAGAGGAGGUUACGCUUCUUUACGGUUUCUCCUUAAGGACAGACGGGGAUUUUUUUUUUUUUGGUCGUCGUUCUUUUUGUCUCUUAUUUUAUAUAUAUAAUAUAUUCGAUUCUAUGUUAUAUUUUAUCAUAGCUGCUAGGAUAAGUGAACUAGCGAAGUGUUUCGUGAUCGUGUAACUAUAAACAGAAUAAAAAGUAGCACAUGUUCUAUAACGAGUAAUAAAAGUGUCAUGGCUUGACUUCCGCUGAGGUUUAAGAGGAAUAAAACACUCGCGGGAAGAGAAUCGACGUCAGGCCUCUCGCAGAAAAGCCGCAUCAUCGAUUCUUUUCCUGUAACGGCAUUAAAAUCCUCAAAACAUUCCCACUGCUUUUCCAGCUCUAGGCUCCACGUGUUUCUCCUGAUGUUCUGGCUUUGUUGUGUUCUUGUGGUUUCUUGUGGUUUAUUGUUUAUUCCAUCGUAAUGUGACCAGUUCAGACUUUAAUUAAAACUGUCUCAACA